GUAUCAUCAUCCAUCAUCAUCCACUAAUGAAAAGUUCUCUCUUUUUUCCCUACUCGUGGUUACUCUGUUCUCUCCCCAGGUGUAAAGAAGAGCUCAAUCCAACCUGAUUCAUCCCAAUCUCCGAUAAGGGUUUUCAUAAAUUCUGGAAAUUUAGUCGAUCGUAAAGCAGAAGAGUGAGGAGGAUUCAUCAAAUGGGUUCGGUUUCGGGUCAAACCCGCAUCGCAAUGAUGAACCUCUCUGUCUCGUCAGCUGAGAAGAACCCUAAUUUUCGCUCGUCGCUUCUCAACUCUAAGAACUCAAUUUCAGAUAGUUAUGGGGUCUCUUCCAAAUGCAGUACAUUCCUCAGGGGUCAAUUCCAAAGAAUACAUUUUUCUUGCGUUCACCACGCUCGACCUUUGAGAAAACGAACAGUGUUUGGUCACGUGAGCUGCGUCAUGCCGUUAACGGAAGAGAAUGUGGAGAGAGUGCUAGACGAAGUAAGGCCUGCACUAAUGGCCGACGGAGGAAACGUGGCGCUGCACGAGAUCGACGGGCUUGUGGUGGUUUUAAAGCUACAAGGAGCUUGUGGCUCGUGUCCUAGCUCAUCAAUGACGUUGAAGAUGGGGAUCGAGAGUCGUCUCCGAGACAAGAUUCCAGAGAUCAUGUCCGUUGAGCAGUUUCUUGAAUCCGAGACAGGAGGGUUAGAGCUGAACGAUGAGAACAUCGAAAACUCUCUGAGUUACGGCCGUACCUAUCUGGUACUGGAGGUGGGGGGCUUGAGUUGGUUGAGAUUGAUGGUUACAUUGUUAAGGUUCGGCUCACUGGACCAACUGCUGGAGUUAUGACUGUUCGUGUCGCGUUGACUCAAAAACUGAGGGAAAACAUUCCUUCUAUAGGUGCAGUACAGCUUCUAGAGUGACGUUCACCUUUUUUUUAUUAUGUAACCUUUUUAUUUCAUCUACAAAGCUUAUUUUUGAUUCAAUAUAAUUUUAUUUCCAGAUUUUAGAAUUAGUAGAAUGCCUCUUUCUUUUGACGGGGAAAAGAUAAAACUUAAUUAGCCAAUCAAAUUCCCUAAUAUCUUAUUUCCUUGUAACAAAUUAUUCUCUAAAUAUUCAUUUUAGCCAAUCACUUGGUGAGCAAGGAUACUAUCCUAUAUUAACUCGGACUGAGGUAGAGACUAGAGAGGACGAAACAUACACACACGUAGUUUCGAGUUUCAACAAUGUCACGGCUUAUAAUCAACCGAAUGUUCAAGCACUCUCUGUGCAAAAAUAUCCUCAGAGACACAAACGUUCGUCUGUUCUCAUCUACAACUUACACGAGCGGGUUGGAUUCGGAUGAUAAGACUAAAGUGAAUCAUCCCUUCUCGUCUAGACCAGCCUACCCGUUUCUGUUGAUUGACUACAUACUUAACAAUCCAGACUCUUCCUCGGAUGGUCGCAUAACAACAUGCGAUUACAGUACUCGCAAUGAAAAGGCAGUCUUGAUUAAGGACAAGGAUCUAAAGGAAGAGGUCUGUGAUGCGAUGACUGUCGGAUUUUCACGUUAUGGAUUGCGAGUCGAGCUUUACUAUAACAACGCCGCUAGUUCAUAUGGUCCAGCCAUAUUUUACGAGCCCACUGAUUCCAAAAUAAAAAACGUGGCCACUUAUCUACCUCCUCUACCCACCGGUUCCCAAAUCCAAAGCCUGGCCAUUUCAUCUUUACCUAUACGAGAUAAAGAUUGGGUAGUGGGUGUCAAAUUAUUGGGAUCUCAGUUGAGUGUCUGCAGGCCUUUUGGAAGCUGUAAAUGGAUCAACAUCAAAACCAUGCCUCACUCUGUAAACCCUUUAUCGAACCUCAUGUUUUCCAAGAAAGAUAAAAGGUUCUACAUCCCAACUCUCGGAGGUAACCGCUUGUGUUGUUUGGAUCUCCACUCUGAGAUACCCGGCUUCACCAGAUUCAAGUUUGACACUCUCCCAAAGUCGGUCUUUCAAGAGUUGGCGGACGUGAGUGCAUGUUCCAGGACAGACCAUCUUGUGGAGUCCCCCACCGGCCAACUUUUCCUCGUCAAGUGGUAUGGCGAGGAUUCGGAGGACUUUGAUGACAACCCACUGAAUCACGUAACAAGAAAGUUCAUGGUGUUUAGAGAGGGGGAACGAUCGCAUAAAUACAGCAAGACCAUGAUCUACACAGAAGACAUUGGAGAUCUUUGCAUAUUUUACACGAGCGGGUUGGAUUCGGAUGAUAAGACUAAAGUGAAUCAUCCCUUCUCGUCUAGACCAGCCUACCCGUUUCUGUUGAUUGACUACAUACUUAACAAUCCAGACUCUUCCUCGGAUGGUCGCAUAACAACAUGCGAUUACAGUACUCGCAAUGAAAAGGCAGUCUUGAUUAAGGACAAGGAUCUAAAGGAAGAGGUCUGUGAUGCGAUGACUGUCGGAUUUUCACGUUAUGGAUUGCGAGUCGAGCUUUACUAUAACAACGCCGCUAGUUCAUAUGGUCCAGCCAUAUUUUACGAGCCCACUGAUUCCAAAAUAAAAAACGUGGCCACUUAUCUACCUCCUCUACCCACCGGUUCCCAAAUCCAAAGCCUGGCCAUUUCAUCUUUACCUAUACGAGAUAAAGAUUGGGUAGUGGGUGUCAAAUUAUUGGGAUCUCAGUUGAGUGUCUGCAGGCCUUUUGGAAGCUGUAAAUGGAUCAACAUCAAAACCAUGCCUCACUCUGUAAACCCUUUAUCGAACCUCAUGUUUUCCAAGAAAGAUAAAAGGUUCUACAUCCCAACUCUCGGAGGUAACCGCUUGUGUUGUUUGGAUCUCCACUCUGAGAUACCCGGCUUCACCAGAUUCAAGUUUGACACUCUCCCAAAGUCGGUCUUUCAAGAGUUGGCGGACGUGAGUGCAUGUUCCAGGACAGACCAUCUUGUGGAGUCCCCCACCGGCCAACUUUUCCUCGUCAAGUGGUAUGGCGAGGAUUCGGAGGACUUUGAUGACAACCCACUGAAUCACGUAACAAGAAAGUUCAUGGUGUUUAGAGAGGGGGAACGAUCGCAUAAAUACAGCAAGACCAUGAUCUACACAGAAGACAUUGGAGAUCUUUGCAUAUUUGUUGGACACAGUCAGGCUUUUUGCGUCCCGGCUAGCUCGUCCCCCGGGCUCAAACCUAACUGCAUCUACUUUGUGGGCUAUAACUUUGGUGUUUAUGAUCUCACCACAAAAACUUGCACUACCUUCUGCACUGGAGAUAACGUUCCAUUAAGGAAAUUGAAUUUCCCUUACUGGCCUCCUCUACACUAGCUGCUCAUAAUUGUUAUCAUUCAUAUGGCUCUUGUACGUGUUUUUGCUUCACUAAUGUUAUCGCUGUCUUUGCUUUCCCAUGCUAUCAUUUAGAUCCAAUGCUAUGAUA